AUGUGUAAGACUACAUUAACACAAUGUACAGGUAGCAAUGAGUCUGGAAGAUUGACUACAAUAGCCCAGAUGCGCCUCAUUUACUCUGAUGUCAUUGGCAAGUGAUGAGCGUCUCCAGACACGGACAGUUAUGUUGAGAAGUCUAACUACUGCUUGGCAGUAUUUACCAGAGAGCAGUGCGAGAGAUAAUGUUGUUUUCGAUACGGAGCCUGCAAAGAUAUACAGCCCCUUCAAUGCAUCACCAGAUACAGCUACUAUCCGCGUGUUCAAGCGGCUAUUACACCUAAUACUGAAAUUCCUAACAAAGACCAAUUUCUUUAGUGACUUCUGUAACUCCCCCGACAGACUAGCCAUGCCUAAGUGGCUUUCUACCAACCAGGACCUCCUCCACGCAAAGCUCACCAGAGCAAUGCCGACAGAACUCUCUGAAUACUUCUUCACUAUAGGUCCAAUAACAUGGACAGUAAUCCAGCUGAGCGGACAACAUAGCGAAAGAAGGAAAUGGAUACACUCUCUAGAACAAGUCCAUUAUGGGAUAUCUGUAGUAGCGCUUUCCAAUUCCCAUAAAUAUUUGAUCGAAAACCAAGACACUAACAGUGCCCACGAAGACAUGCUCCUAUUCGACUCAACUAUCAACAAUCCAUGGUUCUCACAGAAGCCUAUCAUUCUUUUUAUUACUAAUAUAAAAUUGAUAUAUUCGAGAAAAAGCUGCCUAUAUCACCGCUUUCAUCAAUGCACUUCACUGAAUAUGAUAGUUUGGAUACAGACUUAACCGCUGCUACGAGCUUCUUCGAUCAGCGGUACCGCAGAUUUGACAGGACGCUGGGGCGUCGGAUUGAUACGGAGUAUACAUAUGCCACAGAUACAAUGUCAAUGCGGGCGACGUUGGAGUUUGCUCAUGAUAUUAUGUUUCAAAAGGAGCUCAGCGAUUAG